ACUCUACAACUCUUAUCGUUAUCGGCAGUCAUAGCUGGUCGAGAAACCAUUAUAAAAUAGCAAAAAUUAAAGUGAAACGACGCGAAAAAUAUAAUCGCAAUAAAAAUAGUAAAUUUAAGUGCAAAACGACGCGCAAACGAUAACUAAGAGGUGCAAUUGCUAAUUAAUACACAGCUCAAACGAAAACGAAAAUUGCGCAGCAUAUAAUUCCAGCUUCAGGAAAAGAGCCAUAAAAAUCGAUUCUCCAACGAAGUCACAGUCAGUCAUACGGGCCAAGAGAGUGACUUUUCGCGCGGGCGUCGGUGGAGCGCCCAGUGCUUACUCUUUACUCUUUACUUUUUUUUUGCCUACUUACUUGCCAAAAGUCUAGCUACCUGUGUGUCUGUCUGUGUAAAUUUUAUGUGUGCGUGUGAGCCUAUUGUUGUUUGUUUGCAAAACCAGCUAAAAUCGGACAGGACAACGCGUAAUUACUAAUUAUAAUUAGACAACAAUACAACUAAUUUGAAGCAAAUAUACAUUGCUCAAAUAAAAACGGACUCUGUGCAAAUAAAGAGGAUUCCAACACAAUUGAGCGACAAUAACAAAAUACAAAGCGAAAAAAAAUAAUAAACCUGUGUGUACAAUACAUAUACAAAUACGCAAUGUACAUGUGUGUAAUAAAUAACAAAAGUCAAGAAUGAAAUGGAAAUAUUUGUCCAGUCUCAGUCCGCCCCACAUGACGUACUACUGUUACUGCAACAACAACAACUGUUAGGCGUGUGCGUGGCGCUAAUUGAAUCGCUCACUCAAUUUGGAACUACAUACUAAUACUACUGCAGCAAGUUUGUCCCUGUUUGUGAGUCACCUGCCCCAAAAAAUAACGAUUGCGUGCCACCGUGCCACACACAUAAUUCUCGGCGGGCUUCAACGUGAACUGAACUUUAUAUCAGUCAACAACAACAACAACAAAUACCGUCCCAGUCAUAUCCCUUUUGAGUAUUAUUCGAACAGUGUGUGAGUUGGGUGCAUGAAUCAGACGCACCCACACUCCCGCUACACACACACACACACAUAUACAACACACACACACACACAAAAUUAAAGUAAAAGUGAGAGUUUAUCAAGGCCUUCACGAUGUCAAGUGAUAAGAUCAAAGUUGCUGUGAGGGUGCGACCCUUUAAUCGCCGUGAAAUCGAAUUGGGUACAAAAUGCAUCGUGGAAAUGGAAAAACAGCAAACGAUACUCCAAAAUCCACCGUCACUGGAGAAAAUGGAAAGAAAACAACCAAAGGCAUUUGCAUUCGAUCAUUGCUUCUACUCGCUAAACCCAGAGGAUGACAGCUUUGCAUCACAGGAGACGGUCUUCGAUUGCGUGGGACGUGAUAUACUGGAUAAUGCAUUUCAGGGCUAUAAUGCAUGCAUAUUCGCCUACGGCCAGACGGGCUCUGGCAAAUCGUAUACGAUGAUGGGAUCGCAGGAGAACAAGGGAAUUAUACCGAGACUCUGUGACAAGCUAUUCUUGGCGAUAGCUAACAAAUCGACACCAGAGCUGAUGUACAAAGUGGAGGUGUCCUACAUGGAAAUCUACAAUGAGAAAGUGCACGAUCUACUCGAUCCCAAGCCAAACAAACAGUCGCUUAAAGUGCGCGAACACAAUGUACUUGGGCCAUAUGUGGAUGGGCUAUCACAGUUGGCUGUCAGCGCGUAUGAGGACAUUGAUAACCUCAUGACCGAGGGCAACAAAUCGCGUACUGUGGCCGCCACAAACAUGAAUGCCGAAUCCUCGCGCUCCCAUGCCGUCUUCUCGGUGGUUCUCACACAGAUUCUCACCGAUCAGGCAACCGGCGUUAGUGGCGAGAAGGUCUCACGUAUGUCCCUCGUCGAUUUAGCUGGCUCCGAGCGUGCCGUCAAAACGGGCGCUGUUGGUGAUCGCCUCAAGGAAGGCUCCAAUAUCAACAAAUCACUUACUACAUUGGGUCUGGUCAUCUCAAAGCUGGCCGAUCAGUCAAAUGGCAAGAAGGGAGCCAACGAUAAAUUUGUGCCCUAUCGCGAUUCAGUGUUGACUUGGCUGCUGAAGGACAAUCUCGGCGGUAAUUCCAAAACAGUGAUGGUGGCCACCAUUUCUCCAUCAGCAGACAAUUUCGAGGAGACGCUGUCAACCCUACGGUAUGCGGAUCGAGCCAAGCGUAUUGUCAACCAUGCUGUUGUUAAUGAAGAUCCCAAUGCACGGAUCAUUCGCGAGCUGCGUCAUGAGGUGGAAACGUUGCGUAGCAUGUUGAAGCAUGCCACUGGGUCGCCAGUGGGUGAUGUUCAGGACAAGCUGGCCGAGAGCGAGAAUCUGAUGAAGCAAAUCUCGCAAACGUGGGAGGAGAAACUGGUCAAGACCGAGCGCAUCCAAAAUGAGCGGCAGCAGGCGCUGGAACAAAUGGGAAUCAGUGUGCAGGCCAGUGGCAUUAAGGUGGAGAAGAACAAGUACUACUUGGUCAAUUUAAAUGCAGAUCCGUCCCUCAAUGAGCUGCUGGUCUACUACUUAAAGGAACGCACAUUGAUUGGCGGCCGCAGCAUAAGUGGUCAGCAGCCGGACAUUCAGCUAUCGGGUCUUGGCAUACAGCCGGAGCACUGUGUAAUCACCAUCGAGGACAGUGGCCUGUUUAUGGAGCCCGUACAGGGUGCUCGUUGCUUUGUCAAUGGCUCUGCAGCAUCGGAGAAGACGCCACUGCAGAAUGGCGAUCGUAUUCUUUGGGGUAAUCAUCAUUUUUUCCGCGUCAACUCUCCCAGAGUUGGCAACAAUGCCAGUAUGUGCGCCUCAGAGCCUCAAACGCCCGCCCAGCUCAUCGACUACAACUUUGCACGCGAUGAGAUCAUGCAAAAUGAGCUAAGCAAUGAUCCCAUACAGACGGCGAUUGCUCGACUUGAACGACAGCACGAGGAGGACAAGCAGGUGGCGUUGGAGAAGCAACGACAGGAGUACGAGCGACAAUUCCAGCAACUGCGCAACAUUCUAUCACCCAGCACACCGUAUGCACCCUAUGCACCCUACGAUCCCUUGCGUAUGGGCAAAGUAACGCCCAAUACGCCCACGUCACAGAUGCGUGUAGAGAAAUGGGCACAGGAGCGUGAUGAAAUGUUUAGACGUUCUCUGGGUCAGCUUAAAACGGACAUAAUGCGAGCCAAUUCCCUGGUGCAGGAGGCAAACUUUCUGGCCGAGGAGAUGGAGAAGAAGACCAAGUUCUCGGUGACCUUGCAAAUACCACCAGCCAACUUGAGUCCCAAUCGACGGCGUGGCGCGUUUGUCAGCGAACCUGCGAUUUUAGUGAAGCGCACAAAUUCGGGCAGCCAAAUCUGGAGCAUGGAGAAGCUAGAAAAUAAACUGAUAGACAUGCGGGAAAUGUAUCAGGAGCACAAGGAGCGCAUACUCAAUGGCCUGCCCCUUAUUGAGACAUUCUCAGACGAUGAAUUCGACGACAAGGACGAGGACAAUGGAAAGCCACAGGAUCCAUUCUAUGAGUCGCAGGAGAAUCACAAUCUCAUUGGCGUCGCCAACGUUUAUCUGGAGGUGCUGUUCCACGAUGUCAAGCUCGACUAUCACACACCCAUCAUUAGUCAGCAGGGCGAAGUCGCCGGUCGUCUGCAGGUGGAGAUUCAACGCGUUGCUGGACAGAUGCCACAGGAUCGCAUGUGCGAAUCGGUGUCGGAGACUUCGUCGGCUGAUUCUCGGGAUGAGUACGAUGAUCCCGUGGAUCCAAUGGCAAAUCAAAUCACCUGCCGCGUCACCAUUAAAUGCGCCUCCGGCUUGCCGCUUUCCUUGUCCAACUUUGUCUUUUGCCAGUACACGUUCUGGGGCCACCAGGAGAUGGUUGUCCCGGUGAUUAAUGCAGAAACCACAGCGCUCGAUCAGAAUAUGGUCUUUAAGUUUGAGCAUACAAAAGAUUUUACGGUCAACAUUAAUGAGGAAUUCCUGGAACACUGCAUCGAGGGCGCCCUUUCCAUUGAGGUGUGGGGUCAUCGCAGCGCCGGCUUCUCCAAGUCCAAGGGCUGGGAGGUAGAGCAGCAGCAGGCUAAAGCUCGCUCUCUGGUCGAUCGUUGGGCGGAACUGUCGCGCAAAAUCGAGCUUUGGGUGGAGAUACACGAGCUGAACGACAACGGAGAGUAUUCGCCCGUCGAGGUCACCAAUCGCAAUGAGGUGCUCACUGGAGGCAUCUACCAGCUGCGACAGGGCCAACAGCGUCGCGUCAAUGUGCGCGUCAAGCCGGUUCAAAAUUCAGGCACAUUGCCCAUCAUCUGUCAGUCUAUAGUCAACGUGGCUAUUGGCAGUGUGACGGUUCGGUCGCGACUACAGCGUCCUCUGGAUUCCUACCAGGAGGAAGAUCUCACUGUGCUUCGCGAGAAAUGGAGCGAGGCGCUGGGUCGCCGUCGCCAGUAUUUGGAUCAGCAGAUACAGAUGCUUAUCAAGAAGGAGGAGAAGAACGAACAGGAGCGCGAGCGUGAACUGAGCCUGGUGCAUCAGUGGGUCUCGUUAACCGAGGAGCGCAAUGCGGUGCUGGUGCCGGCACCAGGCUCGGGAAUACCGGGUGCACCCGCUUCCUGGGAGCCUCCGUCUGGCAUGGAACCGCAUGUGCCCGUGCUGUUUCUCAAUCUAAACGGCGAUGAUCUCUCCGCACAGGACACCAACGAUGAGUUGUCCAUUUCGGGCAUCAAUUCCAUUUUAUCCAAGGAGCAUGGCCACAAGUUCUAUACGCUACAAAUCUUACAGCAUUUAGAUAAGGAUGUGUGCUGUGUGGCCAGCUGGGACUCAUCCAUGCAUGACAGUCAGGCCCUGAAUCGCGUUACCGAGGCCAAUGAGCGCAUUUAUUUAAUACUACGCACCACGGUGCGUCUAUCACAUCCAGCGCCCAUGGAUUUGGUACUACGCAAGCGUCUCAGCAUAAAUAUCAAGAAGGGUCAAACAUUAACCGAUCGACUAAAGAAAUUCCGUCUGGUGCGCGGUGAGAAUGCCAUCUGGCACAGUGGCGUCACCUACGAGGUUGUCUCGAACAUUCCCAAAGCUUCGGAGGAGUUGGAGGAUCGUGAAUCGCUGGCCCAACUGGCAGCCAGUGGUGAUGAUUGCUCCGCUUGCGAUGGCGAAACGUAUAUAGAGAAAUACACACGUGGUGUUUCGGCUGUGGAGAGUAUUUUGAUACUGGAUCGUCUGCGUCAGAAUGUCGCUGUCAAGGAGCUGGAGACGGCGCACGGUCAGCCGUUGUCGAUGCGCAAGACCGUCAGUGUGCCGAACUUCUCGCAGGCGGUGAAAGACACCACCAAUACCGGGAGUAUUAUGCGCUUCGAUGCCUCCAUGGAGUCGCUGCUGAAUGUGGGACGCUCCGAGUCCUUUGCGGAUCUGAACAACACGACGUUGGGCAACAAGUUUACACCAGCUCUCAAUGGGGCAGGAGCAGGAGGUGGCGGCGUUAUACGUAAUCGCCAUAGCUUUGGUGGCAAGGGAAGCUCCGACGAUUCUCCAGGCAAAGCCUUUGGCAUUGCUUCUCCGGCCACCAGCAAGUUGCUUGGCAUGCGCAUGACGACAUUGCACGAGGAGCCACUUGGUGGUCAUCGAUCACUGGACGAGGAGCCCGAGGACAGUUACAGCGACUCGGAAUAUGCCGCCGAGUAUGAGCAGGAGCGUCAACAGAACAGAGGAUUGGCCACACGAUCGCGUCUGACUGCCUCCAAGACCAUGGACUCCUUCAUGGACGUUAGCAGUCAUUCCAAUCAAAGUUAUUUGAGCUACACGUCCAGUGCCAAUGCGAAUAUGAAGCAUCUGACUGGACUGGCCACGCUCAGCAUGAGCUCGUCUACCAGCAGCGGCUACGGCUCCCAGGCGGUGUCCUGCAACAAUCUAAGCAACGAGGAUAUCACAUCAAUGCGUUCUAUGAGCAUUGAUGAGACGCCAGAUUUCGAUCGCAUCAACUCAAACUCACCGCCAAAUCGUCAGGCACGUGUCAAUCCCUUCCUUAAGGACAUGCCAAAGUCCAAAACGCUGGAAGCAGAGACAAAAAAGCUGCAAGAAACGCUAACACAUCCACUGGAGCAGCCAGAGUCCAAGGAUAAUUCACAAAGCGAGGAUGAGUGCGAACAAGUGCAGAGAAACAACAAUAACGAUGUUAACGACAAGUUGAAAGUGUCAGAACUGGCUCAGGAGGAGAAGCAGGAGCAAGUGGAGGAGGAACAGCAGACAGACAAUCAGAAUGGAAAUAAAUCGCUGGAGAAUGCACUUGUCACUUCCGAGAUAAACGAGUCGGCUGAACAGCAGCUUGAGGGCGAUGGCAUUGUUAGGGAGCAGCUGCCAGAGGGCAAAGUGAUGCGACGCAAAAAGCCAACAACCCAAACACCCAACAAUUGCGAUAACAGCAGCAACAACAACAGCAAUGGCAACACAAACAUCAACAACAACUGCAACAAUUCCAACCAAGUGACUCGCCACAACCAACGUGCUUCGGUGGCCAAAAUGGAAGGACUGGGCGCCUUCUUAGAUGUCAAUGCCAGCAUCAUGUCGAGCAGCACAGAAGUAGAAGAUGAAGGCAAGGAGCUAGAUGUGACGCUGCCCGAUUGGAUUGUGGUUGGCGAAUCGGUGCUAAUACGUCCCUAUAAUACCAGCGGCGUUGUUAGCUUCGUGGGCACCACACACUUUCAGCCCGGUGCCUGGAUAGGCGUUGAGCUGGACACGCCCACGGGCAAGAACGAUGGCACCGUCCAGGGCAUUCAGUAUUUCCAGUGCAAGCCUAAGCAUGGCAUCUUUGUGCGUGCCGAUAAACUGCUGCUGGACAAGCGGGGUAAGGCGAUGCGUGCCUACAAGGCGGCCGAGAAGAGCAACAGCAUCAGCAAAGAGAUGACCAGCUCCAUGACGCGCUCAAAGAGCCGUGGCGAAGCGCUGAAUGUGUCGGCGCGCAAAUGAUUAUACCCAAAAUGUUCGCAUCAACUGCAGCGUUGGACUAAUUGCAGGCAAUCGACGCUGGUUACCAGUGGAGUUGGAGCAACUGCAACUGCGACUGCGACUCCAUCGACCUGCCACAGAUUGCGUGCAACCAGUGGCGCUGCGGAUGCGAACACCACUCAUGGCAAAAAGUGCUAUGCCAAUCGACGCUCGACGGCCUUCUAAUGCUAAGGUCGCCAUGCCAACGAUGCACAUCGUCCAGCAACGAACAAUGCGGAGCAUUAACCAAUCACACGCUAGCUUAACUUACUCUCACUUACACACACACACACACAUACGCAACGCAUGCCGCCGCAAGCACACACAAACACACACACAGUUAGCCCGAUGUUGUUGUUUGGCGGUGUCUUAAGCAAAACUAACUGAACAACUAGCAAUUAACUAAAUGCUCCCCUCGCGUCUCCCGCUCUUAAUUGAUAGUGAAGCUAAGUGAAGCGUUUGCGUAGUUGCAUCCACCAAGUGCAAUACCACAAACACUUUGAUUACACUUAGUAGUAGUAACUAAUUAAUCAAAUCGUUUAAACGUGUAUGUAUCUAUCUAUGUAUGUAUCUAUGUGAAUGUUUCCAAAUGGUUUUGUAUUAUUCUUAAUUCAAUUGGUUGAGUUCUAGUAGUUAAUUGAUGUUUGCUUUUUGAUAAAGCACAAUUGAUUAUAUUUUUGUACCGGUUAAUUAAUUGCCUAGUUUAAUUACAUUGUUUUUUGGUAUAUACGAACUUUACUUUAUCUACUUAUACUUAUUAUCUAUGUAUAUCAAUGUGACUUGGUUAAUCAACUAUGAGCUUAUUUUAAUUAUUGUUAUGGACUAUAUCAAAUAUAUGAAAUCAGUUGUAUAUAAAUAUUAAUGCAAUAAGUUUUACGAAACAUGCAAUAUUUUUUCAAUAUAUCUCCCAUUCUGUUUAGCGCAUUUAUACGUAUCUAAAUAUAUUGAUAUAUAUAUAUAUAUAUUUCAAUUAAAACAAUACAAACAAA